CAAGCGCGACACAUUUCACCUUUACCUGGGGAUAAAAACUGAGCUCGGCUCCGGGCUGAAGAGAUGGACUCCCAGCAGUUGUUCCUGGAUCAGUUCAAACGCAGCAGUGAAGCAGAGGUCUUGUGGUUAAAGGCCAUACUCAGCUUCAUCACACAACAGGUGUGUCCGGUGCUCACCGGCCCCGCCCCUCCUGCUGCUGACGAGUUAUUGACAGGAAGUGUAUGGUCUGAUGUGUCCCUGAGUGUGUGUGUGGUGAAGAGGCUGCAGGAGAACAUGACUGCCACACACACUUUACCUGUCAGCUACAGACCAGUGUCUGUCUCUGAGCUGGUCUCCCAGCAGAACCUGGCCUGUGUCAGUCACCUGUCCUGGAGCACCAAUCAGCAGCGAGUGUGGGUGAGGGAGGCGGAACUCUCUCUGCCAGGUAGCAAGGCUCUGCCCCGGGUCAACCUGCUGCUGAUUGGCUGUCUGAGAGAGGGACGGGAUGGAGAGUGGAGGCUGACGGACAGCAGCGGGAGUGUCAGGUGUGAGUGCCUGUCUCCCUCUCCUCAGUGGCUAAAUCGUCCUGUCUUCCUCUCUCACUGGAACUACAUCCCCCACAAUGCCUCUGGGCAGGACGAGGCCGGCGGCUGCGUGGAGCUGAUUGGUUCUCCUGUGCUGCUGUCUCCCGGUCCUGAGCCGGGAUUUGCUGCUGGUGCUGGAGUAGGCGCAGGGCUUAGCAGAACAGUGGGAGUCAGAGAGGCUGCAGGUUUACUGCACAACAGGGUCAGAGGACAGCGAGUGUCUGUCUGUGGGCAGGUGGGUUCACUUUGCCCUCUGCUGGUUGUAGCAGGAACAACCUUUUUCUGCUUCACACUGACAGAGGAAAAACACACUCUACCUGUCCUCGUAAAGGACAGCAGCAGGUUGUGGUGGUCUCAGUGUGUGUGUGUUGGUCAGAGUGUGUGUGUGACGGCGCUGCGUGUGUGUGUCCUACGAGGCUGGAGAGGAAACAACAUCCUGUGUGCGACUGACCAGUCUGAAUUACACACAAACUACACACCAACACACACACCCGUAGAGAACACACACAGUGAAUCGCAGUCAGACAUGCCACCAUCGAUGAUGUCACACGUUGAUGAUGACGACUGUGAGGAGGUGGAGCCUGAGAGAGAUGUCGUCCAAUCAGGCGUGAGGAUGAAACACUCCCGAGUCAUCAGUUACCAGGGUACAGUGACUGAGGUGGUGAGUGAGGGGGCCGGGCUGUAUGUGAUUGACAGGAUGGUGGGUCUGUGCCUGGCCUAUCAGCCGACUCUGAGGAGGAAACUGAGAGCAGGAGAUUGUGUGGAGCUCCGACACGUCCACUUUCUGUACCGGCCCUGCCCCGACUUUCCUUCCAGCAUGCUCGGUACCUGUCUGCGCUCCAGCCUCAGGGUCACCAGCUUCAGCAGGGUGGGGGGGGGUCCAUCUGACUCCACCUGCCCGGGUGAUGGAGUGUUACCACGGUUACUGCUGGAGAAAAACAUGGGCGUGUCCGAGUACCUGUGGACGUGUCACCUGAGCUCACGGCUCUCACACAGUCUCGUUCCCAGUGUGUUAAAACAGCAGUGUGUGUGUGUGUUGUCCUGGAAGCUGAUGGAGUUUGUGUGGAGGCGAGGAAAAGGAGGAAGAGCAAGGAGAGAUAUCUACUCAGAGAUGUUGGAUGAGCCUCACACUUGUCCUCUGACUCAGUACAGUGUUGACCCUGCAGUGCAUCAGUACGUCAGUAUAUCAGAGCUCAGUCAGUCUCUGCAGUCAGACUGCUGGUCUUCAGUCUCUCUGAGCUCUCUGUUGCCUCCUGGUGGAUCCAGUCUGACCCGAUCUCAGAUCAACACUGAACUGGCCUGGUCCUGCAGGACUCUGAGCUCCGACCCCCAGGAGAGCCCCCAGACUGGAGAAACACUCAGACGGCGCCCCCUGCUGCUUGUGGGGGUGUUGGGGCUUCCGUCACAGUCGUCAGAACACAAACACACUCUGCAGCUCAGAGACGGUACAGCAGCUGUGAACUGCGUCGUCACGGAAACCACCGAGGAAGAGGGGGGAGGUCAGACGGCGGCCUACAACACUGCCUGGAUAGGUUGUCUGGUGUGUGUCCACCAGUUCACCAUGGUUACAGAGAGAUUCCUCCAGUCAGAUUUCCCCUCCUACCAACACCUGGACCAGGACAAGUUCAUCACACACAAACACUGCAGAGUUUACCUGCAGUUUUCUCUGGACCACCUCCACAUCCUGAGUCCGUCUGUUGCCAUGGUAACGCACCUGAGACACAGGUGGGAGGAGACAGGAGGUGAUGUCACAAACAGGAAACAGAAAGCAGAAGGCGAGAGAGAGGGAGGUCAGACAGCAGGGAGGAAGCGGGGAAGAAGAGACGAAGAACCACACUCCUCCUACACUGCCCCCUCUGUUCCCAUGACGACGGGCCCUGUGGGCGGCGGCUCCCAGCCCUGCAUUUCCAUGGUGUUCAGGGUGGAGCAGAAAGAGGGCGUGGCCUGGAGGAACACGGGGGCAGGGAUGGAGGAGGUUGAGGCGGGGCUGGAUCUACACUUCUCUGUCAGAGCUGCUGUGAUUGGUCCAGUGGUCAGUUGGGGGCGGGACCCGAAGAAUGGACCAAUGACAGACAGAGAGAUAGAGCGGGAGAAGGAGGAGCAGGUGGUCCUGAUGUUCUCAGGUGUGUCCGCUCGAUGGUUCCCUCUACUCCAGCCUGGAUGUUUCUACAGACUGAUCGCUGCUAACACUCAGGAUCCCAGUGUUUUGAUUGGCUGUGGUGUUUCUGGGCGGAGCGGGGUGGAGCUACGCACUGACUCCACCCUACAGGUCAGAUCUGAUUGGAGGUUCCACACACUGACACGCCCACUGCUGCUGCACACUGAGAGAGAGGCUCUCUCGCCCACAGUCCUGUCUGUCUCUGAGGUCCUGGAGUGCAGUUCAGAGUUGGUGUGUUUUCAGGGUCUGGUGUCUGACAGGAUCAGUUUGAACAACAGGACAACUGAGUCUGGACACACAAACACAGGUGUGCGCCUCACCAUGUGUGACCAAAGUGGGAGGAGUCUCCAUGUGUACCUGGACUUAAACCACACCCCCUACCCACCUGGCCUGUUGCCAGGCAACACACUUCUGCUGUCUGCUUUCCAGAGGAGGCUGUCCAGGUCAGGAAGUCUGUACUGCAGUUAUUUACCUGUCAGCUCAAUAACUGUCAUGUCACUGGGAGAUACAAGCUCUGCUUGGCCUCCUCUGGCUCCCAUGAUGCAUCUGGGUUUGUGGGGUCUGAGCAGGGAGGAGAGGUGCACUGUGGGUCAGGUCAAAGGUCACGUGGUGUGUUUCCUCUAUCUGCAGCUGCAGUGGAGCUGCUCACUGUGCGGGAGUCUGUACACACAGUCUUGUUCCAGUUCUCCGUGUCGUUCGACCUCCUCAGUGUUUCAGUCCAAAGCGAAACUGGUGAUCGACGACGGGACAGGUGAAGCUCACGUCUGGUUCUCAGGUGCUCUGGUUCGUCCUCUGCUGGGAUUGGCUGAUUCUCAGUGGGAGGCGCUUCAGAGGGCCCUCAGGGUCAGAGGUCACAUCAGAGUCUACCCCCGGGGCUGGAGCCUGGUGUGUGACGCUGACAAUGAUGACUCUCUCCUCCACUUCCUGUCGUGUGUGUGCAGCGGUGAUGUUGUGUGUCGCCCGCUCUCUCUCACCUGCAGGAAACACAACAACCAGAGAAAAGAGGAGAUGAGGAGGUUCAGUCGAGGAGACAGAGACUUCAUGACCAGGAUGAUGACUCCUCUUCAUCUCACCUGUCUGCGUAUCAACACUGACUGUUACACCUGACAUUAACAUGUGGUCUGUGUCUGGAUCAGGUAAAACGCAAAACAGAGUGUGAUCAGAUCAGUCAGACCACAUCUGGACGUGGUCAGGUUCGUGUUGUGAUCAGACCUCAGCAGCUGUGACGAUAAUUGUGAAGAAAAGUCACCUGACUGAAACUCUAACUGAAGCUAGAGGUGGUGGCGGCAGGGGGCCCUCCCUCACAGGACGGUUUAGAAAUGGAUAAAGUGCGUUUGUGACGUCUCUUCUUGUGUGUGUUGACCGCCAUCCCUGUCUGAGAGCACGUGUAAAUACAAAGAGCCAUAGACGGCUGACAUCAUCAUACAGGUACAGGCCACGUCAUGACCAGGUGGCGAUCCAGCCUUCAUUUAAUGUUCACAGGACAAACUGAGUCAGUUUAAUAUUCAGAAAAUACAGAAAAUAAUGUUGUUAUUUUCA